AUGCCCGCCUCGCAGACCGCCGCCACGGAGCGGCGAAACGAGAGGAUGAUCACGCACGAGCCGCCAAAAUUAAAAACGACGCUGAAAACGCCUCCGAAACAAGCGACCAAUCCUCUUCAAUUCGUGAAAGUCGGGCCGUGCUCUUUGUAUCGCACAGCUCAGGAACAAUUGCAAAAAGUUCAAGAGGUGAAGAAAAUAAAGCAAGAAGUCCGCGAUGAUCCCGAAGAUUGGCAAUCGAAUUUAGACAACUGGAAGAGCAGUCGAAGGAAGCGCCAGGAGCACAUCAUCGAGCGAGUGGUCGAGGUGAAGAAACUCGAGCUGGAGGAACACGAUCGGCAGCGUCGCCGGAGCAAAACUUUCUCGGAAAUGAUGGAGGAGAGGGGCAACAGGGGUCGGAAAUUGAGCAUCAGCUUGGCCAUGUACCACGAGGAGGAUGCCAAUGAUCUGAGCGAUCUUGGUAUAGGCACAAGUAGCGGGAAGAGUUCGGUUAGUGGAGAUACUCAUGACGACACACAUAGCGUUUUGAGCGAUAGAGACAGCGAAAUAGAGAAAAAUCACUCGGACGUGGACAACGUGCAAAGCGAGAGCGCGAUCCACAGCGAUAUCACGACGUCGUCGGCGACCACGACUGCGACCACGACAACGGCGACGAAGAAAUCUUUCGGCAACGGAUUCCACACCAAUCACAGUCACAACAAUCAGGAGUACGAUUCGGCGACCACGGCGACGACCAGCUCCCCGGAGCCGGAGGAGUACACGUACGAGGGUGCGAUUCGAGGUUACGUGUCGCGAGUGUCGCAAAACAUACCGAGGCGAUCGUUGGUGAAUCUGGAUUCGAAGCUUGACAACGUCGCGAAAUCGUCGACGAACGGCUCGAAGCUGAGCCUGGCCGACGAGGCGAAAUCCACCAUACCCGUGGUAAAAGUCGAUAUCCUGAAGAGGCGGGAGAUAUUCGAGAAGGGAUCGCAGAAGAGCAACGAGACGAAAACGAACAACAGGCUCUCCGGCGAUUUCACCGGGACGAAAUCUAUCAAGGAGCGGCUCUCGAACCUGGAGAAGCAGAAGCACGAGGCGGAGAACAGCGAGAAGGCGUUGGGGAGCAAGGCGUUGAACAGAUUAUCGGGCGACAUGAGCUCGAUCCGCGAAAGAUUGUCCCAUCUGGAGAAGCAGGCGUUGGAGAGGGAGAAGAGUUGUUGCGCUCAUCGUAAACUGAGCACCGAAGAGUUGGAGACGGUGAGACCGUUGCGGGACAGAUUGUCCACCCUGGAGAAAUACAGCAGCAGCGACGAGUCGUCGUCGGCGCCUGGCGCGGCUCACGAGUCACGACACAACGGCGAGCUGUCCGCCAGAUCGAUAAAGGAUCGUCUCAGCGCCUUGGACGCGGCCAGGAACAAAGAGACGGCCGACAAGAGGUCCUCCGUGGGCAAGCACUCGCUCUGCUUCCGGGAUCAGGAGAACAGAAUCGACACCUCGACUCCUAGCGAGAGGAGCUCGUCCCCAGACUCGGAGUAUCGCGUGCCGAGGGCCGCCUUCCACAGAAGCCUCGACUCCUUGGACGCGGACGCGUCCAGCGGCCCCGACACGUUCGAGCGCGUGCAAAGCUUGGAGGAAUUGGAUUACGGGAGGCGUUAUCCGGCGUCCUCGUCGUCCGCCGAACUGCUGAACGACACCGAUCGCGAGGAUUCGGGCAUUCACACGGCCGACGUGAGCUGCUCCGUCAGCCAAGCCGACGAGCCGGUCGACGAGGACAUCGUGCACUCUAACACGAUCAUUGAGAGGCAGGAGGUGAUUGAGGAGAAAGGCGAGGAGCCGCGCGAAGAAACGGCGAACGAGAAGGUCGGUGAACAACAACAACAGCAACAGCAACAGCAACAACAACAACAACAACAGAGCACUGCUGUAUCCGUGAACGAGAUCUCGACGACUUCUGCCAGCCAACCGGACGCAGUAACGGCAAAGAAGGGUACUGCUGACACUUCUGGGGAACUGUCGACUAACAAAUCACAAUCGCAGGCACACAUAGAGGUUACUAACUCUAGUACACUUCGCUCCUGUCCUGCUACGAGCUGCCCGAUCAUAUAUCAAAGUCCCAAAGUACCUCCGCGACGUUCACCUCCCGAAACGCUUCCCAAACCAAAGCUGCCUGUUCCCACCAAAGAGCACUCCGAGGCAAAAGUAGAUUCUUCGUCCUUCGAUGAAACGAACACCGCCACCAUAUCGUCGAAUAUCAAACUGUUCGCGGACGAGCAGGGUUCCGAUCUCCGAGGUGGCGAGGAAAAUGUUCAGACCGCCUCGAAAGAGGACUCGGCUCUGAAAAUCACCAGCUCGUCCUCGGUGUCGUUAGACUCUGCUGCUGUCGCGGACAGCUCUUCUCUGCCACCCUCUGCAAGGGUGGCCGCCGUCCCAACGAACCUUCAACUAGAGUCUACUACCUCUACUACCUCGAACUGUACCUCGAAAGAAGUUCAGAAGAUGACGCCUCUCACGUCUCCAAGAGCGGCAUCCAAAAUCCCCACCCCCCUCCCUCGUAAAACGAUAGGCGCGAAAUCUUCCCCGACCAGUUCCACCUCCUCUCUCAGCCCGCCCACCUCGCCAUCCUCGCCCAAGACACCGUCCCUGAAAUCGAGAACGACGAACGCGAAGAUUCAAUCGACCGGCCAAUCGUCAUCCUCUCCCCAAUUCCCAAAAGCGUCAGAGAUACCGAUCCCCGUCGGUUCCAACGUGUCGUCUAGCGCGUCGAAUAUCCCUGUCGUAUCGCCUUCUUCGAGCCUGGAACAAUCACCUCUAACAUCCUUGAAACACAUCUCGCCCCCCACGUUCAGCACGAAACACCAGGUGGCGGUGGUUGAAGAGGCACUGCCUGCGGAAAGACGACGAACGGUGGUGGAAAUUUGCGAAAAGGUGGUGGUACCUCAGGGCAAGAUACCUACAACGCCUCCUGUGACGCCAUUCAUCACCGUGGAUCGCGUCAAUGAGAAGCAGAGCUCACCGACCGAGGAACCGAUCGUUAUCGAGAAAGCGGGCGACGAGGAGGCGGCGGUGAUUUGCCAGCCGAGCCAGCCAGUCGAACACGAGGAGCACGAGGAAAAGGAAGCGGCGAUGAACGUGAAGAUCGAGACGUCGUACGAGGCACCGGCACGGAUCGAGGAGUCGAUCGACGUGCACGAUACACCUGAGACCGUCCCUGCGCCUGAAAGACCGACGACCUUGACCUUUGGCAAACAGGAAAUGGCCACGGUGGACACGAUCAGCCUACUCAGCCCCAUAUCGCCCAUCUCGAAACAGAUUUUGCCACUGAAUCUAUCCAGUGACGAGGAAAUAGUGACAGGGUUGGCGUUUCCCCUGGGGCCGCCGACCAGCGUGGAACCCCCGAAGGAGAAACCACCGCCGCCUCCGGUAGACGUCAGCGACGAAGAGAAUCUUCCAGUGGAACCUCUCAAGAGAUUGAACUCCACCCGCAGAAUAAAGAAGGAACUACGCACGAGACGCUCUGAUUUCCUUGGAAUCGAGGGGGUAAACGAUGACGAGCUGGAACGCGAGUUGACCCUGACAAAACCGCCAGACAUGGCGGCGAUCCUUGCAGAGGAGAGACGCAUCGAGCAGCUUCAUCGUCGCUCCUACGAUACGGACAGCAAUUACGAGCAAGACUCAAGCCACGAGAGAGAUUCGGGCGUGGAAUUGGGCCACGCCGAAGAUUGGACUAAACAACCAGUUAGCCCUGAUAUGUCUCAGCACAGUCGCCAAAGCAGCGAGCCGUUCGGCGCCAGUGUCACCUCCUCCGAAGAGGACGAAAUCACGAAGAAAGAGAAGGAGAUCAUCGAAGUCCUCGAGAAAGAGGAGCAGUGGCGGUACGAGAACAAUCGUGAGAUGAACAGUGACUUGGGCGAAAAAUUGGCGCACAAGCUGCGCGAACUCGAAGAGGAGAAGAUGCAGUUGGAGAGGGAGCGCGCCCAGGAAGCGGCCCUCCGCCGACAGGAAGAGACGCUGCGCAAAAACAACGAGGACAACAUACGGAAACAGGAGGAGACGGCGAGACAGCAGGAGGUGGCGCGGGCUGAGGCAGAGGCGAAACGCGCCGAGGAGAAGAGGCAGGAAGAGGAGCUGAGGGCGCAGGCAGAGAAGCUGAGGAUUCAGAAUGAAAUCGAGGAGGAGAGAAGGGUUGCCGAUGCGCGACGUGUCGAGGAGAAACGCAUUAGGGACAUGGAAAACCAAAUUCGAGAACAAGAGAACACGUCAUAUGUUGGUGCUGGUACGAACGAUGAAGAAGACGAGUUUGCUUACGGGGAAGUGCUCAGAGUGAAAAGGGAACUGCUGCAGUUGCAGCAGGAAGAGUUGAAACGUCAACGAAACAAUUUGGCGUAUCGCGAACAGGAGCAGCUUAAAUUGGCAGAACAAUUGCAAGAGCAAUGGAAAUCCUUGCAAGAUGUUGCGCACACCUCUGCGAACAAUAUCCAACAAUUCAAGAGCCAACCACCUGUAAAUUAUAGAUCAUCCAUGCCGAAUCUUCAGCUUCAGGACGUGCAAAGAAGAAGACCUCCACCUCCACCUAUACCACCGGCCAAACCAUUGCGUUUGAUCGAGCAGAGACAAAGAGAUGUAACUAUCAGGAGCAGCAGGAUUCCUUCGGCUGAUUCGAUUCCUCAGCAAAUGGAUACACCUUUGAGACACAGUGCAUCUGUUACGACUUUAUCGAGCCAUGCUGGACAACAGAUGAGCAAGCAAACGUUGCAGGCGCUCAGUGCAGUUCCUCGGCCACGAAUCGUUCAAAGCGAUCAAUGGGUUCAACGGAGGAAGAGCGACGUCCCACGAGGUGCUCACGAUCUGAAUUAUCACCAUCAUUGGCUCAUUCAGGAAGCGGAACAGAGAAGGAUCAACGAAAAGAAUCAGCGAUCACCAGGGCGGAAACCUCAAAUGCAUAUAACAGGAACGUCGGUUCCUUAUGUGACUGCUCCUACAAGGACAGAUAGUAAACCAUUACCUGAUUCUAUCAUACAGACUCUUACACAGAGAGUGCAGAACAGAGCGCAAGAAAAACCUCUUCCACCUAGGAGAAGAUUGGAGCAUAGUACUAGCCAGGAACAUCUGUCCGCGUUGCAACAUCAAUCGCAGCAACAUGUUAUGCAACCACAGAAACCUCAACAAUCACCGCCGAUGAAUAAUGAGAACCAGGAGAAAAUGUUAAGCGUCAGCGGGAAAAAGAAAUGCUCUCAUUGUGGAGAUGAAUUAGGUCGAGGUGCCGCGAUGAUUAUCGAGAGUCUACGAUUGUUCUAUCAUAUGGAAUGUUUCAAAUGCUGCGUGUGUCACGUUCGACUUGGUGAUGGAUUAAUGGGAACAGACGUACGCGUUAGAAAUCAAAAAUUACACUGCCAUAACUGCUACUCCAGUGACGACGGUAUCCGCAUUUAGCUUACACUAUUUAUACGUAUGAUUAUAAUUAGGUGUCAAGUUCAGUUGCGUGUGAAACCAAAAUGGGGAAGUGGCUAAUGGGACCACAUUGACUAACUUGAAUAUAGCAUCUUUCGGCUAUAUUUUAUAAGUUAUAGUUGACCAAUUAGCUACCGGUGACACGCGAUCGUGACACUAAAUCCCCCUCAUUUCUGUAUAUAAAACUGACAAAUGGUACAACCGAGAAACGGACGUAUUAGUCCUUAUUUUGCAUAAGAUUAUUCCUUCGUGCGCUUUAAUUUAAAAAUCAAGAUAUUUUUCUCAAGUAACGCCGAUAUAUUUUCAAUCGACUAACCGUAGAACGUACAGAGAGCAAUGUGUAAAUAAACGUGUAUUUAUGUAAUUAGCAUAAUGAUAGGAAAAAUUCAAUGAAAUGAAAGAUACGCAAGAAAACAGUUGUUUCUAUCGACCAUUGAUGAAAAAUAACGUCGAAUUUCCAUAAACUCUGAGAAAUAUCGACGAACGAUUCACAUGUAUAUUUUUGUAAUAUAGUUAUCCCGUGCUAUUUAUGAGAAAAAUUCCUCUGAUGUGACGGCUAUAAUAACGAAUUCUUUUUCUUUUCCUCGUAUUUCUAAUUCCAUUGUUACAUUUGUGUCUUUUUUGUAAUUCUUUUUUUUUUUGUUCUUUCUUUAUUUCUUUGUUCGUCUAAAUAUUUACAAAUCAGUAGAUGAUUUCAAUCAAAUUAAAUAACACCUCUAUAUUUCAAGAGAGAUCGUUUAGAUUCUAGUUGAUUAUUACGGUAGUACAAUCAUUAACUGUAGCUGCAUAACGAGAUGCAAAUUACGAAGCUCGAGUUUUGUGUUCUUUUCUUUCCUUUUUUUUUUCUCGAAUUAAUGAAAAAAAUAAAAGUUAGAUGCGUUCAAGAUUCGAUGACGAUGACUUUCAUUGCCCCCACGGAUUAAUGAUAAUAGUCGUCUUUGCGCAACCGUCGUAUCGCAUCGAAUACGCAUAUUUGUUAUUGUGAAAUAUUGUAUGAUAUGUGUCUCAUGUUAACUGCAAACAUGUAAUUUUAUAUUAUCAAGAAUAAAUGUUUAUUAUAGUGA